UCAGGCAUAAAGAUUGAGGUGGUGCCAUGCAGCAAGAAGCAGCAAGAUGCAGAGUUCGAACCAGAAGGCCUGACAUGGCACUUUAUAUUCCUAAAGCUCAAAGGGGUGUAGUACUUCCCAAGACAAGGGAUGAGGAAAAAAACUAUGGUCUACCUAACUCUUCGGUGAAAGAACAAAAAGAAGAUUCCCUCUUCCAGAAGAUCUUUAGGGAUAAAUCCGAGGCUCAGAGAUUAAGUAUUUAUCCCGAUAAAAAGGAGCACAGUCAUAGAGAAGGAAAGAAAUCUUCAACAAAAUUAAGAAAAGACACAUGCCUUCAAGACAACAAUAAAGACAGGGUUUGUAGUAAGAGGGGAGUGACAGAAUCCAAAGAAAUAUUAUCCCAAGAAUAUCAGCAAGGUGUGCUAAAUUCUGGGACUGUACCUAGUGAACUUUUACAAAGACAUUUUAAGCCAAAGAAGGUGGAGUGUUUGGAGGUUGAAACCACAGAUGUGACAAGACAUGAGAGGUUGCUUCUGUCGUCUUGUUCAGAAAUUGGUGAGCCUUUGAUUCUAAAGAAGCCAUUCCAAAAUGUGGAAUUCUGUGAUUUCAGUAGGCCUGAACUAAAUGGGGAAAUGUUUGAAAACAGAGGUUUAGAAAGCAGGAUUGAAACUGAUGCCAAGGUUGUAGAGAUGCAAUCUCAAUUUCCUGGAGUUUAUAAUUCUGUUUUGAGACCUGAGAGUAUGAUUGCACCAGUAAAACUAAGCUCUAAUUCUGGAACUGUGCAACAAGGCAUACAAACACCAGGUGGAAUGUUGAAGCUCAGCAGUGGAGGCAUGACCACUCUUCCUGUUCCUGGAAGUCCAAAGGGUGUCACUGCUCAAACUUGUGUAGACUUUGAAGCUGAGAAUGUUGGUGAUAUAGCUAAUAGUACAGAUUUCACCUUGGGUCAGAAAGGCAUAGAUUCCAUUCCUGAGACAAUAAGUCACAUCUCUUAUAAAAUGACUUUAGUCAACAAGUUAGAGAGCACAAAUGGCAUUUUUGAUCCACCAAUGAUUAGAGACUGUGAGGAGAAUGACAGCACUGCUAAUGAGUUAUGUGUAAAGUAUGAACCCUCUGAGUCAGCUGCCCUUGCUCAUAAAACAGACACGGGUAAUGGGUUUAAGAUUGUAGGUGACAUUACAAGUAAGACAUGUAUGAUGGACAUUACAGAUACCAUAUCUGAUCAAAUAACUAUAGACAACCCUUGUGUCGUUGCAGUUAGAAUAGCUGAUGAGGGCUGUAGCAACACAAGUAGUUUCUCAAAAUAUUUAGCAAUGAGUACAGGUAUAGCCCCUGUUCAUGUAGCUAGAAGUGGGAAGGACAUUGAAAGUUUCAGCAACCUGACUGCUUGCUCAGAUACUUAUGCUGAGAGUAUUUCAUCUGGUUUCACCGAGUUAACAGGAAAGUUGAUAGAGAACUCAUCAGAUUUUGCUUCGGUCUUGCCUGUAAAGAAGAUUGCUGGUAGUAAUUGUAACAUCUUUUUGGACUCUGAACUCAGUGUGUUAAAUGAGACAAAAGUACUUUCAGAUAGUGCAUUGGGCAAUGAUCUAGAUUGUACUGGUGAUACAACAGAGGCAUUGCAUGAACUGAAAACUGCUGAAGAGUUCAAAUCAAAAGAGGGAGAUGACUCAGAGAAUGUAGAACUUGGUAUAUCCUUUCCUGAUAUAGAAUCAAUUUCUAUAGAGACAUCCACAGACCCAAAAGCUACUGAAACUUCUCACAUGGAGGGAAGCGCUGCUACUGAGGAGAGCUGGGAGUCCAUAUUUAAUGAUGAUGGUGACUGCCUGGAUCCACACCUUCUACAAGAGUUAUCAGAGAAUAUGAAGAAUAGAGAAAGUGUCCAGGAACCUAGAUUUGAUUAUUACAACAAUGAAGUUCCUGAUAUUGAUCUCAGUGAUUGUGAAUUCCCCCAUGUCAUUGAAAUUUAUGACUUCCCCCAAGAAUUUCAUACUGAAGACCUCCUACGGGUUUUCUGCAGUUAUCAGAAGAAAGGAUUUGAUAUUAAAUGGGUGGAUGAUACACAUGCUCUCGGAGUAUUUUCCAGUCCAAUUACAGCUCGAGAUGCUUUGGGUAGUAAACAUACCAUGGUGAAGAUCCGGCCCUUGUCACAGGCCACAAGAGCAGCCAAGGCCAAAGCGAGAGCUUAUGCUGAGUUCCUCCAGCCAGCAAAGGAGCGUCCGGAGACUUCUGCUGCCUUAGCCCAAAGGCUAUUCAUCAGUGCCCUUGGGGUUCGAAGUAAGCAGAGCAAAACUGAAUGGGAAGCUGAGCUCAAGAAACUGCAAGAAGCCCGAGAGAGAAAACGGUUGGAAGCCAAGCAACGAGAAGACAUAUGGGAAGGCAGAGACCACUCUGCAGUUUGAAUGUCAGUCAGUGAAA